CUCCGCAAGCUUCAAAGUUCGCAGAUCGGUUCAUCCCACAUCAGCUCUCCAACGCCGCAGGGCAAGCAUUGCACAAGCAGCAUGCGGCCGACCACACAGAGCAUACAUAUAUCGCGACGGCCUCUCCCACUUUCCAAUGCCCAAAUCCGCGAUUUCUUCUGCCCGCGCCAAUUCUCUCAUAAACCGCCGAAACUCAUCCUCGUCUCCCACCGCGCGUCCCUUCGGCCACAGCUCCCUUUCCUCCCAUCAUCCAAUUCGUAUAGAUCCAAUGUGCAACUGUCACGUCUCUUCUCUAUUUCUGCGGCCAACAAGAAAUUCCUCCGGGAGUACUACCGGGAAACCAUCAGAUGGACAGGCAUCCUAGGCGUCGUUUGGGUGUCCUUCACCGUUGCUGGUUAUGCCAUUCUCACCGAACGGCAAGAGCGAGCAUUUCCAUCGCCUCAUGAAUGGGGUUUUAUAACGAGGUGGAGAUUUAGGAGGGGGAAAUGGUACCAGGUGCCCGAGAACAAUGAGUUGGAGGGCUUCACCAAUUGGGCUCGCGUAUGGUGGGAGAUGAAGAACACCCUGGUUCGACUCGAGGAUCCCGAAAUAGAUGGUGCUGGUAUAAAAGAGCAGGAUGAAGAAGAGGGUGGUUUGAUGGUACCAGGUGUAGGCAAAGCUGGAUACGAUCUCACAGCGAAGAGCGAGGAAUGGCGGCAGGGCUAUUGGGAAGUCCUCAUGGGCAUGGCCGAAGCUUCAGAAAAUCUUGAGGGAUGGGUAACCACCGAGUCGCGCAAAUUCAUCUGGUCCCCGAUAUACGUCCCGUCGCCCUCCAAUCCCGACCCUCCUGAGCCGCUACCCGGCGGUUUGCCAGCGCCUCCAGAAGAAGAGCGUCUCCCCGCCGGCGGCCAACCCCCCGAAGACUACUACAUGAAGAUCCUCACCAGCAACGGUUUCACCACCUCACAACGCCUCCGCGCAGCGUUGGACUGUGCAGACUGGUUCUCAUUCAAAGAGCUCACAGACUCGGCCGAAGAAAUGUAUCGUUGGGCCCUCGACAUCGCCAUCUCCGGCCUCUCCACCCCUGACCCUACCAUUGUCCUUAACCCCAAAACCGGCGUACUGGCUUCAAGUCCCGAAGCCAGCGCACACCUCACACCCAACAUUGUCUUAGCCGUCACGGAACUAGCCACCUUCCACGCACAGCACAACAACACAACUGCCGCCCUGCCUAUCCUCAUCUCCCUCCUCCGAGCACGCCUCUCGGCGCCCGAAGCCCCAGAGACCAUCCCAGCUCCCCAACCCUCCCCAAGCAUGAUAAGCCAAUUCAUCGACCUCCUCAUCGAACCCACGUACCCGCCGCUCCCACCAACCGGCGACGACCCCUUCCUCCGCAAAGACACGCAACGCUGCGAAGAAGCCGCGCUGAAAUCCUACAUUGGCGAAAUCCUCUUCGCGACGGCAAACGCAACCGCGCGCUCGCGCCGCGGCGCCCCCGCCGACCAAACCCCAGGCCUCUCGUGGGUCCGCGACGCCGUCUCCACAUCCAAACAGGCCCAGAGCAUCCCCGCCGUCGAAGCAGACUCGUCCAUCCGCAAGCACUGCGAGACGUGCGAGGAAAUCGGCCUCGAGGCCUGGGGCAAAAUAUUGACGUACCUCGUUGCGUCGGCGCGCGACGACAUCGCCGCUGUCAAGCGCGGCUGGGGGCCCAGUGCUCUCGCGUACAAGUACUACUGGGGUCUGGACCAGUUGGAGCAGAAGGCUGAGGAUCUGGCCGAGGAGGAAAUUGGUGUCACCAUGCGCUUGCAUAAGCUGAGGAUGAAGGUAUAUGGAGAGUUGUUGAGAGAGCAGGAUCGCAAACACGCUAGGACUUUUGUGUUUUGAGCCAUACUAUGUGUGUGCAUGUCAUGUGUAGGAAGGGAGAGAAUGCGGUGCGUCUCGCCCGCCCGCUUCGUGGGAGCUACGUAUUUCUUUUCACCAGAGCUCUUCAUUUCUUUUUACAUCUGUAUUAUCUCUUGUAUGUUUUUCAUUUUUUUUUCCCCAAGAAAUAUAUCAUUUCAAAAGACGACUGCUCCAAAGGGAAAGAACAGAAAAAAAACUGUCGUCGUCGUCAAUUCCAAACCUCUGUCGAUUCCACGGUUCAGAAUGUGUAGGCCGUUUUGGUUGGUCUUUUCUUUUAUCGUGCCGGGGCGACUUUUUGGAAUUCGAUGCUCAAUAUGCAAUGCAACAUAAACUUUUACUCAAUUUAACUUGGAUACAC